GAAGCCCCAGCAAAUACUUAUUAAUAUCAUCGACUCACUCACGCUUUGGGACAAUCCCUGACAUGACACUUAACUAUCUUAUCAGAUUCUUUUUUUUUUUUUUUUUUUUUCUGGUACGCAGGCCUCUCACUGUUGUGGCCUCUCCCAUUGUGGAGCACAAGCUCCGGAUGCGCAGGCUCAGUGGCCAUGGCUCACGGGCCCAGCCGCUCCAUGGCAUGUGGGAUCUUCCCGGACCGGGACACAAACCCGUGUCCCCUGCAUCAGCAGGCGGACUCUCAACCACCGCUCCACCAGGGAAGCCCCGUCAGGCAGGAUUCUUAACUUUUUUUUUUAAAGCAAUCCAGUGAUUUUAGUGUUAGGUUGUUUUUUGUUUGGAAAAAAUAAGAGGUUACUUCACAGUCUCUGCUUCCUGAAAUGUGGCAUCAGGCUUAAAUAGCUGGGUCAUUUUUUUUUAAUUUUUUUUUUAUUUUUGUGGCUACGGUGGGUCUUCAUUGCUGCACACAGGCUUUCUCUAGUUGUGGUGAGCAGGGGCUACUCUUCGUUGCGGUGCGCGGGCUUCUCAUUGUGGUGGCUUCUCUUGUUGCGGAGCACAGGCUCUAGGCACGUGGGCUUCAGUAGUUGUGGCGCAUGGGUUCAGUUGCUCCGGCAUGUGGGAUCUUCCCGGACCAGGGCUCGAACCCAUGUCCCCUGCAUUGGCAGGCGGAUUCUUAACCACCGCACCACCAGGGAAGCCCCUGGAUCUUUUUUUUUUUAAUUGAUCCCAUUCUUUGAAAGCCUUAUAGUUUGUAGGCACUGAAUUUAUGACUAUACAGCUAGUGUUUCUGAAAGGACAGGAAUUAAAAAGCUGCAGUGACCUCCCACCAGUGCAGGACCAGUUCCAUAUUCUCCCGUGUGCCAAUGGGCAACGUGUCUUAGUGGCCUGAAUACACAGGAUCCCAGCUCUCUACUAUGGGAGACCUAAUCUUGCUGGUCUUGGAUACAAAACAAGGUCUCCAGGCCUUUUGAUAAAAUUAAUUAGCAUUUCUCUCUGCCUUAUCUUGUUAAUUGAGAUUUUACAGGCUAUCAUAUAGGCCAUUAUUAUAGAAAGCAGGACAGAGCGCUUUUCCUUCCUCUCAGUCCCUUUUCCUUCCCUCCAAAUUACUGUAUUUACGGAAACAAUAUGCUUUAGUAAGCAGGAUACUUUCCUCUUUUUUUUUUUUUGGCUGCGUGACUUGUGGAAUCUUAGUUCCAUGACCAGGGGUUGAACCCGGAACCCGGGUCCUCGGUAAUGAAAGCACCCAGUCCUAACCACUGGACCACCAGGGAAGUCCCGACACUUUCCUCUUCACAUACUUCUUACUGAACCAAAUCUGUUUCACGUUCCUUGAGGCAGGUAUUGUUUUUCUAAUUAUAAUUUUACACAGAUGAUGUUCUAUGUAUAGUGAGGGCGAGGGAAUAAAAGAGGUUUGGGGAAAUUCAAGGAGCAGUUCUGGGUAGAUUGUAUAGAAUAGGGCAAGUACAAGUUGAAAAUCCUCGGCUGUGGCCCUGUCAGCAGUGUCUAGCUGUGUGAGAUCCAGGAAAGCAUGUAUCACUAGGUUUUGCUUUCUUUAACAGAAAAUCUGCAAUGAAUGGGACUGGGUUCAAUGGGAUGAUUUCUUUCUUUUCUUUUUCUUGAGACACUGUACGUACAGCCUGUUUGGCCUUCCUUCAGACCCUUGAACAUGAAAUGUUUUUUCUCAGAGCCUUUAGAGAUGCUGCUUCAUCUGACUACUCCCAAACCCUUCUCUCUGCCCGUUCCUCACACAGCCCUUCCCAUGGUUAAUCCCUACUCAUGCAUCAGCAAGUACUUCCUAAGGAAAGAUUUCCCUACUCGCCCUUAGCUAUGGGCUCCCAUAGCACUGUCCUUCCCCUCCAUUACACUUAUUAUGCUUGUGGUUAAAUGAUCACUUGUUUCAUGGUGACCUUCUCAGCUAGAAAUUAAGCUGAAGGCAGUGGCCACAUGUCGAUAUUUAGUUUCAUACUUUGCACAUAAUAGUCAUGUAAUAAAUGUUUACAGAAUGAAGUAGUAUAUGUAAAUACACUAAAGAAUUUCAUGUAAAAUUUCAGGACAUUUACAGAUUUUCCAGUAUCUAUAUACUUUACUUUUUCUUUUAGGUCCUAUAUUUUUUUUUUUUCUUUUUUUUUUAAAUUUUGGCCAUGCCGGGUCUUAGUUACAUCACGUGGGCUCUUAGUUGCAGCAUGCAGACUCUUGGUCGCAGCAUGCAUGCAGGAUCUAGUUCCCCAACCAGGGAUCGAACCUGGGCCCCUUGCAUUGGGAGCACAGAGUCUGACCCACUGGACCACCAGGGAAGUCCCGUAGGUCCCAUAUACUUUAAAAUUAUUUAUUUAUUUAUUUAUUGUUAUUAAAGUACAGUUGAUUUACAAUGUUUCAGGUAUACAGCAAAGUGAUUCAAUUAUAUAUAUAUUAUAUAUAUUCAGUUAUAUAUAUAUACAGUAGGUUAUUACAAGAUAUUCCCCGUGCUAUACAGUAGGUCCUUGUUAUUUACCUAUUUUAUAUAUAGUAGUGUGUAGCUGUUAAUCCCAAAUUCCUAAUUUAUCCCCCCCCUUCCCCCUGGUAACUGUAAGUUUAUUUUCUAUGUCUGUGAGUCUAUUUCUGUUUUGUAAAUAAGUUCAUUUGUAUCAUUUUUUUAGAUUCCACAUAUAAGUGAUAUCAUAUGGUAUUUGUCUUUCUCUGUCUGACUUACUUAGUAUGAUAAUCUCUAGGCCCAUCCAUGUUGCUGCAAAUAGCAUUAUUUUAUUCUUUUUUAUAGCUGGGUAAUAGUCCAUUGCAUAUAUGUACCACAUCUUCUGUAUCCAUUCAUCUGUUGAUGAGCAUUUAGGUUGCUUCCAUGUCUUGGCUAAUGUAAAUUAUGCUGCUGUGAACACUGGGGUGGAUGUAUCUUUUUGAAUUAGAGUUGUUGUCUUUUCGGAUAUAUGCUCAGGAGUGAGACUGCUGGAUCAUAUGGUAGCUCUAUAUUUAGUUUUUUGAGAGACCUCCAUACUGUUCUCCAUAGUGGCUGUACCAAUUUACAUUCCCACCAACAGUGUAGAAGCUUCCGAAAAGGAGAAAACUCCACACCCUCUCCAGCAUUUAUUAUUUGUAGACUUUUUGAUGAUGGCCAUUUUGACUGGUGUAAGGUGAUACCUCACUGUAGUUUUGAGCUGCAUUUCUCUAAUAGUUAGUAACGUUGAGCAUCUUUUCACGUGCCUGUUGGCAAUCUGUAUGUCUUCUUUGGAGAAAUGUCUAUUUUAGGUCUUCUGCCCAUUUUUUGAUUGGGUUGUUUUUUGUUUUUUUUUUGAUAUUGAGCUGUUUAUACAUUUUGGAAAUUAAUCCCUUGUCAAUUGCAUUGUUUGCAAAUAUUUUCUCCCAUUCUGUAGGUUGUCUUUUCGUUUGUUUUUUUUUUUAACAUCUUUAUUGGAGUAUAAUUGCUUUACAAUGGUGUGUUAGUUUCUGCUUUAAAACAAAGUGAAUAAGCUAUACAUAUACAUAUAUCCCCAUAUCUCCUCCCUCUUGCGUCUCCCUCCUGUCUUUUUGUUUUAUGAUUUACUUUGCUGAGCAAAAGCUUUUAAAUUCAAUUAGGUCCCAUUUGUUUAUUUUUGCUUUUGCUUGCAAUACUCUAGGAGACAGAUAAAAAAAAAUUGCUGCAAUUUACAUCAGAGUGUUCUGCAUAUGUUUUUUUCUAGGAGUUUUUUUUUUAUAAUUUAUUUUUUGGCUGCAUUGGGUCUUUGUUGCUGCGCACAGGCUUUCUCUAGUUACAGCGGGCAGGGGCUACUCUCCGUUGUGGUGGGCAGGCUUCUCAUUGCAAUGGCUUUCUUGUGGUGGAGCACGGGCUCUGGGCACGCAGGCUUCAGUAGUUGUGGCUCGUGGGCUCCAGAGUACAGGCUCAGUAGUUGUGGCGCACGGACUUAGUUGCUCCGCGGCAUGUGGGAUCUUCCCGAACCAGGUAUCAAACCCGUGUCCCCUGCAUUGGCAGGAGGAUUCUUAACCACUGUGCCACCAGGGAAGUCCUUUUCUAGGAGUUUUAUAGUAUUCAGUGUGACAUUUAGGUCUUUAAUCCAUUUUGAGUUUAUUUUUGUAUAUGGUGUUAGAGGUUUCUUAACUUUUUAUUGAAAUAUACAUGCAGAAAAGAGCACAGUUCACAUAAAAGUGACUUUUCACAAGUUGAACAUGCUCAUGUACUUAGUACCUCCAUCAAGAAACAGGGCAUAACCAGCCCCUAGAAGCUCUCUCUGCCCAUGCUCCCUUACAGUUCUACCCUCAACCCAUCCCACCAAGGGGAUCCACUAUCUAAUCAGAACUCUUGGUUGUAAGUGACAGAAACUCAACUCAUGCUGGCUUAAGCAAAAAUGGAGUAUUUUCCCCAACUGAAAAGUACAUGGGUGAAUCUUGGCACAGCUGGAUCUGGUGCCGUCAGCUUGCUCAUGGGCUCCCAGUCUUUCUUUUCUCUGCUCAUUUCUCUCCUAUAUUGGCUUUAUACCCAGGCAAUUUCCCUCUUCCCUUCAGAUCUGCAAAAAUCCUGGGAUUAGACUUGGGGCUGAUGUCCGUUCCUAAGCCAGUUGCUGUGGCAGGGAGAUAGUGUGUGGAAUAUACAGAUGAACCAGACUUGAGACACAGGACUCCCUAAGAACCAGGGGGUGGUGGGUCAGCCCUACCCAAACCACACGUGCUUUAUGUGGGUGAGGGGUGGUUCCUCAAAGAAAAAUCUAGAGGCUGUUACCAAAAGAAGGGGAAAUAGGUUCUGAAUGAACACAGACAGCCCUGUCCAAUGCACCUGUGCAGUACCGAGCCCACACUAGGUACCUGAGAACAGAUGCUCCCUUGCAAAAACCCACCAUCCCAACCCUCAAGUUGCUCACAGGCAAGAAGGAGAGGCAAAGUGUCACACAGGGCAGAACGGUGUGUGCCUGGAGAGAGGCAGGGAUGAGGUGUCUUCAGAGAUGCUGAGAUGACUUCUGGUGGGACUCAGGGCUGGGUACUCACAGUGGAGGGGUAGGAGAGCAUGGAGCUUGCUGGAGGAACAGUAGUGAUUCCAGAUUAUCUGAAAUAUAAGAUGCUUGCUGGGAAUAAUGGGAAGUGAAGUUGGAUAGCUGAAGGUUGCUGAGUAGGAGAAUGGCAUGAUCAAAUGUGGGGACUUCCCUGGUGGUCCAGUGGUUAAGACCCCACGCUUCCACUGCAAGGGGCAUGGGUUCGAUCCUGGGUUGGGGAACUAACUGCAUGCCAAGCGGCUGGCUGAAAAAAAAAAAAAAAAAGGGAUUUAUUGUGAAAUAUCUUUUCUCAGCUAUUUCACUCCCCUCCCAGGGGAAGCUAAUAUGGUCACUGUCUUGUAUAAACUUCCAGGGUUACCUAAUCCUUAUUCAAGCUCUGUGUAUUAUUUUGACAAAAGUAAAUUUUAAAAAUGCUUUAUGACAAAAAAUUUUCAGUGACUUGAGAUAGACAACUGUAAGGUGGUCCUGGUUAUCAGGGUAGGAAGAGGAAUUUUAUAUUCCUUCAGUGGCCUCUUGCACUUUACUCCUACCCGUCUCCCUUGAAAUAUAUAAUUAAUUUAAACAUCAUCAUCAUCACCGUCAAAGACUUUGCGGAAAUUGGAGACAGGGCUGCCUCUGAGGUGGGCUUGGGGGGAGGCAAAGGGGACAGAGAACAUCACUUCCUGUUGACUGAAUGGCCCUUUGCUCUCUGAUGUGGGGCUGUAUCUGCCGGAGGAUGGGGCCCCUUUUCUAAUUUUGACAAAUAAAACCUGAGCCCACGACUCCCUCGCCUGUACCUUUCAAAUUUUAUGCCGCCUCUUUGUAUCACCUUUUCCAAAAAUUAGACAUAUAAUUAAUAUAGACCCACAAAAAAUUAAAAAGAAAAGAAUUCAUAUCAGAGGCAGAUGGCCCUUCCAGGAUGGGGGACUUCAUUGAGCAAAGGCUUAGGAGAGGGGCCACCCAGAGUCCCACGCCUGGGGGUCUGCCACUUGGAUUUAAACCCCUGCCCUGCCCAUUACCAGCUGUAUAUUCAUGUCUCUGCGCCCCACUACCUCAAUUAAAACAGACAGGGAUAGUUUCUACCUCCUAGGGAUUUGGGGAGAAGAAAAUUCAAUCAUGAAGGUGAAGUACCCAUCACAGUGCCUGCCUGACAUGUUCUUUGUAACUUGAACCCUGGGGCAGUUGGUGGGUGCGCUGAAUAUAAGGCACGUUCUCAGAAAACUCCCAGCUGAGACCUGGACUUCUCUGGACACUCUGCGUGGGUAGGAUGUUUCCAUCCCUUUUCUAGUUCUUGAGUUCCAAUCACAGGAUCAGAUAACAGUUCCCGUAUUGUGUGAGUCACUUAAGAAGACCCCUGGCAUCCCUGGAGUGCAUGUAACAAGCACCUUGGCCUGGGAUCAAGAUCCUCCUUACCCAGGGGAGGGCAGGGCUGGCUUGGGCAGCUGUGUUUGGGCCCAGGAAUCAGGGUCCUGUGUUCUGCAGGGAUCUCCCAGGGAUGGGAGAGGCCAGCAGUCUAUGACAGAAAGUGCCAGGAACUUAGAAGUCCUGGGUUGGGGUCCCAGCUUCCCUGCUGUCUCUCCAAGCCUUGGGCCCUUUGUCUAAAAAACUGAGAUCAUGAUGCCCACCUCAGGGGCCGUUGAGUUAAAUCACCUAGCACUUGAGGUAAUUUAUAUCAACAAAUAUGUGUUCUAGUUUCCUCCCUCUCCUGCACCCUGUUCUCAGGAAGCACACCCUCGAGGAGAGGAGGUGACGUGUGCAGAGCAGGUGGGUGGCUGCUGUCCUCGUCUUCAAUGUGAUCCAGGAGUGGGCGAGGUAUCCAGGAGGCAGUUCUGGACUCAGCAGGUGACAGAGCUGUUGGGCAUCCUCCACCCGAUCCUGCAGCCUCCUGAUAAGGGGAAGAGGCCCUGAAAAACCUCCAGGCAUCUCCCAUGGAUCUGUGACCGAGGUGGGCAGCUCUCCCAGCAGCCCUGGACAGCAGCCCCCGGCCGGCGGCAUGUGGCUGCGGCGCAUCUCCAGCACCGCGGUGACCGCGCUCCUGCUGGCGCAGACUGGCCUCCUGCUCUUCCUAGUCUCCCGGCCCAGGCCGCCGUCCCCGGUGGGUGGCGAGGAGAGGGUGCAUGUGCUGGUGCUGUCCUCGUGGCGCUCGGGCUCGUCCUUCGUGGGCCAGCUCUUCAGCCAGCACCCCAAUGUCUUCUACCUGAUGGAGCCUGCGUGGCACGUGUGGGCCGCUUUGUCGCAGGGCAGCGCGGUGGCGCUACACAUGGCGGUGCGCGAUCUGGUGCGCUCCGUCUUCCUGUGCGACAUGGACGUGUUCGACGCCUACCUGCCGUGGCGGCGCAACCUGUCGGACCUCUUCCAGUGGGCGGAGAGCCGCGCGCUGUGCUCGCCGCCCGCCUGCAGCGCCUUCCCGCGCGGCGCCAUCAGCAGCGAAGCAGUGUGCAAGCCGCUGUGCGCACGACGGCCCUUCGGCCUGGCCCAGGAGGCCUGCCGCACCUACAGCCACGUGGUGCUCAAGGAGGUGCGCUUCUUCAACCUGCAGGUGCUCUACCCACUGCUCAGCGACCCGGCGCUCAACCUGCGCAUCGUGCACCUGGUGCGCGACCCGCGGGCUGUGCUGCGCUCGCGCGAGCAGACGGCCAAGGCACUGGCCCGUGACAACGGCAUCGUGUUGGGCACCAACGGCAAGUGGGUGGAGGCCGACCCGGACCUGCGUGUGGUGCGCGAGGUGUGCCGCAGCCACGUGCGCAUCGCCGAGGCCGCCAUGCGCAAGCCACCGCCCUCCCUGCGCGGCCGCUACCGCCUGGUGCGCUUCGAGGACCUGGCACGGGCGCCUCUGCCCGAGAUCCGCGCGCUCUACGCCUUCGCAGGCCUGAGCCUCACGCCGCAGCUUGAGGCCUGGAUCCACAACAUCACCCACGGGGUCGGGCCAGGCGCCCGCCGUGAGGCCUUCAAGACUACGUCCAGGGACGCGCUCAACGUCUCGCAGGCGUGGCGCCACACGCUGCCCUUUGCCAAGAUCCGCCGCGUGCAGGAGCUGUGUGCGGGCGCACUGCAGCUGCUGGGCUACCGGCCAGUGUUCUCUGAGGACGAGCAGCACGACCUCGCCCUGGACCUCAUGCUGCCGCGCGGCCCGAGCAGCUUUAGCUGGGCAUCGUCCACUGCCCAGCACUCCGGGCCGUAGCAGAGGCCCCCAGCUGUGGCUGGCGGUUGCCAGGAGACUCACGCGUGGUGGGGAAGGAGCUGGGGCGCACGAGGCCGGGAGUUUGGGAGGUCCCCCACGUAGUAGGAAAGGACCGGGUCCGCAGACUAUGUUUCUUUCUCCCCACUUCUUGUUUUUCCUUUGAAUCCUCUUUAGGAGCUAGAUUCCCGCCACACACACUCUUCAUGGAAAGCAGACUCGUGCCCCCACUUCCUCUGGGCGCAGGGAAUAAGUUCAGAUGACUUGGCUCCUACUCCAGCACUUUCUUUCCCCUUAAGUCUCUGUUGGGAUGCCUCAUCCUGCAGCUGAGAAGGCUGUCCCGGCCCUGCCUGGGAGUGGAGGGACGCUGUGGUGAGCUGGUCCCUGAAGUCGGUACAUCUCCCCCUACACACACCCCGUGCCUCUGGCACCACACACCACCAAAGCCAGUGCUUUUAUAUUCACCUGUAUCUUCAGUAAGAAAUCAGCCAAGGUGCCUCUAUCUUGUGGUCUCCCCUUAGUCUCUCUCUACCCCAAUCUCCUGGGAGCCCACAUGCCCCCAUCACCUGCCCAGGGAAGGUGAACUUUGAUUUGUCCAGACAGGAAAGAUCCUACCCACAGAAAUAAACAUAAUUCACCUGUAUGAUACAGAUUAGAGUUUACAGCCUGUAAAGUUUGACAAGCAAAAGCGAAGGGACUUGUCCAAGGCCACACGAUGAGAAGGAGGAUGAAGGGAGGAGGGGGGGUUUGCUCCGGGCCCGCAGUGGGGAGGAGAGGGUGAGUCAGGCUUGCAGAGGCCUGUCUCCUGGACGAAGAAGGGUCAGGUGUUCCCAUCUUAUUUGCUCAAGGGAUCAGCCAGCAGCCAUGGCUAGGGCCACAACUGCGAGGUGAGAUGUGGGAAGUGGUGAGCUCUGGGUCCAGGGUGCAGAAUCUAGGGAGCCUCCUAGAUAAGCCUGGAGGGAGGCAGUGAGGGGGAAAAGUGGAGAGAGAGAAGGCAGGGCAGGCCAGGGCAGCAAGCCAGGCAGAGCGUGUGGCAGAGCAAAAGGUUGGCAGCAAGAUCAGUGCCUGGAGGGCAAGUCGCAGGGUGAAUGUAACUAGAUAAAGCUUGCCAGGAGCUUGGAAGAAAAAAGGCUCUGGAGUGGUUGUCUUCCUGUGGUCCUUAUGUGCCAGGCCCUGGAGAAGAGCAAAGUACGAUUCCUAGCUACGAGCCACAACACCUGGCUCUAGUGGCAAAGCGUCUUAUUAAAUGGAUGCUGGAUUUAAAAAAAGGAGGGGUGGGUAGGGGGAUGCCGGAUGUGUAGAGGGCUAGUCCUGAGCUCAGGAAAUGAAAGCCAGCCAUGCUUUAAAAAUGUUUAAAAGAAAGGGGGAAAAAAGGUCACAGCACCUCUAGGAAGGACAGAGAAGCAGAUUUGAGUCCACACAAAUAGAAUACCCCAAAUCACACUGGGAUACAGAGUUGGUCUGGAGACUGACAGUUGCCACCAGAACUCCUGUGCCCGUUACCUCUGGAAGUGAGGGAGCUGCCCUCAUCAUUGCCAUCAGUCACCGGAAGGGAUCCUGGAGAUCUGGCUUCUGAUUCUCAGCCUGGGUGUGGCCUUGGAUUGGUGAGACCUGGAUCGUAGACCCACAUCCUCGCUGCAAAGCAGCAGGUCGAGGGCAAUCUGGCACUUUUCAUUUCUUUUCUUGCAGGGAGCAGAGGUAUACUGACCUUGAAGCUGAAGCUUCAGGAUGCCUCAGUUGGGGAUCCGUCAAGCUGUAGAAACUUCAGGCCCCAUAAAGCCCCCAUCUGCCACUGCUCACAGUAGCAUGGAGAAGGUAUUUAAAACCCAGAAUUUAUUAAUGGAGACUUCGGCUUAGAAAAACUAAGGUCACAUAGCUUAAUAUAUAGGCUGGAACUCAAACUCAUAUCUUUGACUUCAAUACUUAUGGUUCUAACAAGGAAACUGAAAUGGGGAUGCAGCAGAGGACUCCAUCACAGGCUUGGAAAGCCAGAUCAUUACCCAGAGACGUGGGUCUCUGGGUCAGGGAGUGGUCCUGGCAUUUUGUUUGUUUGUUUCCAGUUUUAUUGAGAAAGAAUUAACAUACAUCACUGUAUAAGUUUAAGGUGUACAACAUGAUGGUUUGAUUUACAUGUAUUGUGAAAUGAUUACAACACUAGGUUUAGUUAACAUCAGUCAUCUCAUUUAGGUACAAUAAAAAGAAAAGAAAAACACAAUUAAAAAUUUUUUAGGGCUUCCCUGGUGGCACAGUGGUUGAGAGUCCGCCUGCCGUUGCAGGGGACGCGGGUUCGUGCCCUGGUCCGGGAGGAUCCCACGUGCCGCGGAGCAGCUGGGCCUGUAAGCCAUGGCCACUGAGCCUACACAUCCGGAGCCUGUGCUCUGCAACGGGAGAGGCCACAACAGUGAGAGGCCCGCGUCCGGCAAAAAAAAAAAAAAAAUUUAAGUUUAUAACUGUUACAAGAGAUGAAGAUUUAAUACCUCCAUCUCACCUCAUCUUCUCUCCAAACUUUUAUUAUACUUUUAAUUAUAUAAUUGACCUACAGUACUGCAUUAGUUCCAGGUGCACAACAUAGUUACUUGAUGUUUCUAUAUGUUACAAAAUGAUCACCACCAUCCUGGCAUUUGUCUGCAGACAUCUCAAGGACCAGAAUGAUGAAUGGUGGGCAGUUGGCUGGGACAGUGGGGCCACUGGGGAUAAAAGCAGCCUGCUGGCCCUGCCUGGAAGGAAUGCAUUGUUAAGUGGAGGAGUCGGCUAGGAAGUCUCCAGCAAUGUGGUAUGUUCAGGCAAAGAAGGUUGAGCAAGAGGUUCAUGGAGCCAGAGGUUAAGAACAGGGAGACACUGAUCCCUAGUGGGGUUCAGGAAGGCAUUUGGGGUGGGGCUUAGAGCCCAGCCUGAUAGUAGCAUCCCACAAGUUUCAUUUGCCCCUGCUUGGGUCACCGAUGACACAAUUAACGGCCUUUGUUAUGUGACUCAUCCGUUCUCACCUGUCUCCCAAGGUUCCAUGAUAGCGAUGACUGGCUCUUGGAUGUGGCUCCCUGCACAUGGGGCCCUCUGGGCAAGCCUCUGCAUGAGCUACAGGGCGCAGCAGGUUCCGAGCAAGCCUCUAGGUGAACCCACAUCAGGUUUCAGGACAAAGAUAGGCAGUGCCAGUCCAGUGUUUCAAUGAGUCAGUCCAGGGCUAAGCCCUGGGGACAUAGUCACAGCCCUUGCUCUUGUGGGGAGUGCAGAUGUUAAAUAAAUAGUCCUACAGAUAAAUAUGCAUAAGUGUCGCUUGUGCUCUAAGAAUAAAUAAGAAUGGGUAGAGGGUGACCUACUUUAGUAUGGAGAGUCAGGAAAACAUUUUCGAAAAGGAAACGUUUGGUUUGAAUAGAUAGGGACUUCCCUGGUGGUCCAGUGGGUAACACUCUGCGCUCCCAAUGCAGGGUGUCCGGAUUCAAUCCCUGGUCGGGUAACUAGAUCCCACAUGCAUACCGUAACUAAGAAGUCCGCAUGCCACAAUUAAAGAUCCUGUGUGCCACAACUAAGACCCGGCACAGCCUAAAUAAAUAAAUAAAUAUUUUUAAAAAUAGGUAGGAGUUAAUUGAGCAUAGGAUGAAGAGGCAGAGAGAGACUGAGGGAUUGGUCUCUUUGGAAUCAAGGUUCCUUGGCAAAAUAAAAGAAUCAGUCCUGGGAAUCCAAGCACAUGGGAUGGGAGAGGACCCAGGACGCGACUGAGUUUGUGUGUCUAUGGUAAAGAGGACUAGAAGUAGAACUGAUGGAUCAAAGGGCAUCCACGUUUUAAAUAUGGAAUUGCCAAAUGGAGUACUGACUUACGUUCUCUGGAAUGGUGUCAGGAAGGCCCUUGUCACCCUUUUCUAUUGACCCCCUCCCCAUCAUCUGUACAGGGUAAAUCAUUCUCAUUUUUAACCUACCUGAUGGAAUAUUAUGCAGCAGUAAAAUGAAAUGAACUAUCAAACCAUGAAAAGACAUUCAGGAGGGAACCUGAGUGAAAGAAGCCAGUCUGAAGAAGCUACAUUUACUAUGAUUCCAACUAUAUGACCUUCUGGAAAAGGCAAAGCUAUUCAGACAGUAAAAAGAUUAGUGGUUGUGAGAAAUGGAAUAUUUCCUGCCAUAUCAGUAAACAAAGGAUGUCACAGCCACCAGCGAUUGCAACAGAGCUGGUGAGCCCUGAGGGAACUCAGGAAGGAAAGAAUACCUGCCAUCUAGCAGCCAUCAGACUGCAGCCACUCCCCAUGGUGCACUGUGAGGAAACCCAGGAUGUGAAAAUACAGGAUACUGGCCCCAGAUAGCUGAGGUGCAUAUCAAAGGAAUGAUUUCAGUGAGCCCAGGCUCUUGCAUCUUCCCAUACAUAGAAAAGCUCUAAAUUCCUUAACUUGACAUAUCUGGUUUCCCAAUUAACAGUAAUCUUUUGAUGUUCCCGACUACCUUCCCCUUGUUGCAAAACUCCUGUGUAUUCUAGCUCCACUCACCUCCUCGGAGCAGUUUCUCAGAGCUAUCUGAAAUGCUGUCUCCUGGGUUGCAGUCCUCAUUUUGCCCCAAAUAAAACUUAACUUGCAGCUCUCACGUUGUGCUUUUUUUUGAGGUACGCGGGCCUCUCACUGUUGUGGCCUCUCCCGUUGCGGAGCACAGGCUCUGGACGCGCAGGCCCAGCGGCCAUGGCUCACGGGCCCAGCCGCUCCGUGGCACAUGGGAGCCUCCUGGACCGGGGCACGAACCCGCGUCCCCUGCAUCGGCAGGCAGACUCUCAACCACUGCGCCACCAGGGAAGCCCUGUGCAUUUUUUUUAAGUCAACAGUUGCCAGGGGUUGUGGGUGGAGGGGAGGGAUAAAUAGAUGGAGAAUAGAGGAUUUUUAGGGCAGUGAAAAUGUGCUGUAUGGUGCUCUAAUGAUGGAUAUAUGCCAUGGAUGACAUGUACAUAUAAUGAUGGAUAUACAUUUGUCCAAACCCAUGGAAUGUGCAACACCAAAACUGAACUCUAAGGUAAACUAUGGACUUUGGCCGAUUAUGAUGUGUCAUUGUAGGUUCAUCCUCGGUAACAAAUGUACCAUUCUGGCGGGAGAUGUUAAUGGAGGAUGCUGUGAACUGUGUGAGUGCAGAAGGUAUAUGAGAAAUCUCUGUAGUUCCCUCUCAAUUUUGUUGUAAACCCAAAGCUUCUCUAAAAAAUAAAGUCUUUAAAAAACAAAACAAAACUAGAGCAAAAGCCUUAGUAGCCUCAGGAGGGUAUAGGAAUGCUGCUGAAAUGGGAGGAGUUGGCCAAGAACACAGAGCCCACCACAGCCCGGACUUUGAAUUUUCCCAGGGUGGCAAGCCCUUAGAGCCAGCUGAGUAUUUUCUCUCUUGGGGUUAAAUCUGGAGAACCUGGUUGGCCAUGCAAAUCUGGUGCUGUCCUGAUCCCAGUCUUCAGAUCCUCCACAUCUCCAUUCAUUCAUUCAACACACAUUAUGGAUUGAGCCCCAGCCAGUUUUUUUUUUUUUACUUUUUUUUUUUUUUUUUUUUUUUUUUGCGGUACGCGGGCCUCUCACUGUUGUGGCCUCUCCUGUUGCAGAGCACAGGCUCCGGACGCGCAGGCCUAGCGGCCAUGGCUCACGGGCCCAGCCGCUCCACGGCACGUGGGAUCCUCCUGGACCGGGGCACGAACCCGUGUCCCCUGCAUUGGCAGGCAGACUCUCAACCACUGCGCCACCAGGAAAGCCCCAACCAGUUUUAAAGGGAAGGAUCAUGGGGAUUAGGAAUGUCUGCGUGCAGGGGUGUGAGUUGCAAUUUUUAAUGGCGUGAUCAGUGUAGGUCUCAUUGUGAAAGUGACAUUUGAGCAAAGUCUUGAAAGAGGUAAAGCAGUUAAUUUAGGGAUAACUAUGGGUAAAUUGUACUGUAGAAAGAAAUAGGUAAUACAAAAAUCCUAAGGAGGGAACACAUCUGGAAUAUUGGAAGAACAGCAAGGGGCUACUGAGUCUGGUGUGGUAGGCCAGAGAAAGAAUUCUAGGAGAUGGGGAGAGAGGGGGUCAGAUUAUGUACGACCUUGCAGGCCUUGUGAGGACUUUGGCCUUUAUUUGGCGUGAGAUGAAGGGUGUCCAAAGCCACUUUUGUUCUAUGGCCCUCCUUAGUUGAAUAAAUAAAUAUAAAUAUAAUGUUAUAUAUAUGUGACAUAAUAUAUAAUAUUUAUAAUGUCAUAGAUAUUAAAAAAAAUAGAACAAGUACCCAAAAUAUUUCAUUAUCAUUUUACUGCCUUUGUUAAUAUCCUGAAUUAGUAUAUUGUUAGUUUUGCAAGUUUUUGAACUGGAUUAAAUUGAAUCACAGUGUGGGCUUCUUUUUUCUGCAACUUAGAUUUUCCCCUCAAGUUUACAUUCCUGGGAUUCAUCAUGUUGUUGCUUACAGCUUUACGUCAUUUCUUUCCACUACUCGAUAGUAUUUUAUUGAAAAUAAUACAAUUUUAUUUAUCCAUCUCAAUGAAUACUUGGCUUGUUUUUAGUUAUGUACUGUUACAGUGCUACUAGGAACAAUCUUGUCUGUAUCUCCUUGUAUGAAUGCUAUAGGAUAUUUACCUGGGAGUGAAAUUGCCAGAUCAUGAACAUCUCCAUUCAACAUUAUUCCAGAUGGUUAUAUCUGUUUACACCUCCAGAGUUCCAGCUGCCAUGCAACCUCAGUAACAAUCGGAUUCUCAGACUUUUAAAUAUUUGGCUGUUGUGUGGUUGACAAAUGAUACCUCAUUGUGAUUCAUUUUGUGUUUCACUGAUUAAUGAGGUUAAGCAUGUUUUCCUGGGGUUUUUUUGGCCAUUUGUAUUUCUCUUUGAUGAAGUACCUCUUCAGGUCUUUUGUCUCUUCAUCAUUUGCUUAUUGAUUUUUAGGAGUGCUAAAUGUUAUUCCUAUGUCAGUUAUACGUAUUGCAAAUAUCUUCUUCCAGUUUGUGGCUUGUCUUUAUACUUUCUUUGUGGUAACUCUUGAAUAAUACAAGGUCUUAAUUUAAAGUAAUUAAAUUUAUCCAUCCUUUCCUUUAUGGUCUUUGCUUUUUGUAUCUAGUUUAAGAACUCUUUCACCAUCAUGAGACAUAAGGAUAUUCAACAUUGCCGUCUAAAAGUUUUAUAGUUCUGCAUCUCACUAUAAGUGAAACAAGGAGGGUGUGGAUGUCUAAAAAACAAACAAAAACACCUAGUUUUUGUUUGCUUUAUAUUUGCUUCAUAAUUUUCUUGCAGGUUUGUGUCUUUCCUGGAGUUUGUAUUGUUUUUCAGUGUUUUCCCAUUGAGAGAAGAAACAGGUACCUUCUUCACCGUGUCCCUAAAAUUUUGAGAUUAACGAUUUUGUCUAUAGCUGAAAUCAAUUCCAUUAUUUUUCCUGAGGAUACUCUUUCUUCUGUUCUAAUCUGGUUAGGUGGCUGCUAAGACUUGCACAGAAGGCAAUCUAACAUUCCUGGUUAAAUCCACCAUUCCUUAUACUGCCCAUCUUUUUCUUUCUUAGUCAUCACUCUUUUACUUCGCUGGAGUACAUACUCAGCUUCCAUAGAAAGGGCACAUGUGGGACUUCCCUGGUGGCGCAGUGGAUAAGACUCCACGUUCCCAAUGCAGGAGGCCCGGGUUUGGUCCCUGGUCAGAGAACUAGAUCCCACAUGCACACCGCAACUAAGAGUUCACAUGCCGCAACUAAGGAGCCAGCAAGCUGCAACCAAGGAGCCCACCUGCUGCAACUAAGAUUUAGCACAACUGAAUAAAUAAAUAAAUAUAUAUUUUUUUAAAAAAAAAAA